UGCACCAUGUCUAGAUUCGUUUUUAGUCUUAUAACCCUCCUUCCACUUAUCUCACUUCUUGCGCUGCGCUCCUGUGCUGCAGCAUCGGGAGGACACAUGCUGGGCGCCGGGUCAUCCCUGUCCGUGGAAGACCACGAGCGGCCCUUCCUGGUGUCGCCGGACGCCACCUUCUCCUGCGGCUUCCUCCCGGCCGUCGACGUCGACAACGCCUUCUACUUCUCCCUCUGGUUCACCGCGGCCACGGACAGGACCGCCGUCUGGACGGCCAACCCCGGCGCCCCCGUGAACGGCCGGAUUUCCCGUGUAUCCUUCGGUGCCGACGGCAAGCUAGCCCUCGCCGACGCCAACGGGACGACUGUGUGGGACAGCAAGGCAGCCGGCAACAAGUACUUCACUGUCUCCCUCCUCGACACCGGUAAUCUUCGGGUCGUGGACCCGUCCACCGGCCGUGCCGUGUGGCAGAGCUUCGAGUGGCCGACGGACACCCUGCUGCCGUCGCAGGCGCUGACCAAGGACACGAAGCUCGUCGCCGGCUACUACGCCCUCUACUACGACAACGACAACGUGCUGCGGCUCCUGUACGACGGCCCGGAGAUCGCCAGCAUCUACUGGCCUAACCCGGGCAUAAGCCUAAGCGUGUUCGACAACGGCCGGACCAACUACAACAGCUCACGCAUCGGCGUCCUCGACGACACCGGUGUGUUCCUCUCCAGCGACAACCUGCGAGUCGAGGCCUCCGACCUGGGCGCCUCCGGCGUCAAGAGGCGGCUAACCAUCGAGCAGGACGGAAACGUGAGGAUGUACAGCCUCGACGCGGCCGGAGGAUGGACUGUCACGUGGGCUGCGGUCAAGCAGCCGUGCUCCGUCCGUGGGCUGUGUGGCAAGAACGCCGUCUGCGAGUACCAGCCGUUCCUCCGGUGCUCCUGCGCGCCGGGGUACGAGAUGGUGGACCGCCGGGACUGGAGGAAGGGCUGCAACCCGACCUUCAGCCUCCCCGCCACCAACUGCAGCACGUCGGAACAGCGGUUCACGUUCGUCAAGGUAGCGCACACUGACUUCUACGGCUACGACCUCGGGUUCAACCAGUCCGUCACGUUCCAAUACUGCAAGAGCAUCUGCUUGAGUAUGUGCUCCUGCGCCGCCUUCCAAUACAGGACGGAUGGCAAGGGCGGAUGCUAUCCCAAGGGCAUCCUGUUCAACGGUUACACGUCGCCCACACCCGAAGGGACCAUAUAUCUCAAGCUGCCUAGCGACCUCAACGCCCCGGCAACGCCGCCACCCGCGGUCCUCGACUGCGAUCAAAAUGCCGCCAUCGUCCCGCCAACAUACGCGGACACGUACGGGACACCAAGCAGCGGCCCAAAUUUGUCCUAUCUUUUUUGGUUCGCCGCGGUGCUAGGAUUUCUCGAGGCCCUCUUCAUCGCCACGGCGUGGUGGUUCCUGUCAGGCCAGGAGAGCAUGCCCAGUUCGCUGGUGGCCGGCUACCGGCUGGUCAUGGGGACCCAGUUCAGAAGGUUCACGUAUCGAGAGCUCAAGAAAGCGACCGGAAACUUCAACGAAGAGCUCGGUCGCGGCGGUUCCGGCGUGGUGUACCGCGGUGUGCUUGACAAGACCACCGUGCUGGCGGUGAAGGAGCUAACAAACGUGGUGCAGGGCGAGGAGGAGUUCUGGGCGGAGAUGGCGGUGUUUGGGAGGAUCAACCAUAUCAACUUGGUGAGGACCUGGGGGUUCUGCUCCGAGGGAAAGCACAAGCUGCUGGUGUACGAGUACGUGGAGAAUGGGUCGCUGGACAGGCACCUGUUCGGCGAGGACAUCGGCAAGGCACUGGCAUGGAGAGACCGGUUCAAGAUCGCACUGGGCGCGGCCAAGGGCCUAGCCUACCUCCACCACGAGUGCCUGGAGUGGGUCAUCCACUGUGACGUCAAGCCGGAGAACAUCCUGCUCACUCGAGACCUCGACCCAAAGAUCGCCGACUUCGGGCUGUCCAAGCUAUCCGGGAGGAAAGCCGUCGCCGACGGCAUGCAACUCUCCCAGAUGAGGGGGACGACAGGGUACAUGGCACCCGAGUGGGUGCUGGGGCUACCGAUCGACGCAAAGGUCGAUGUUUACAGCUAUGGCAUUGUGCUUCUGGAGAUCCUGAUGGGAAGCCGGAUAACUGAACAGACGACAGUGGACCGCGCCGAGCGGCUGCAGAUGAGCCAAAUUGUGCAGGCCCUGAAGCAGGUGGUGGCGAAUGGAGACGUCAUGUCGUUGAUGGAUAGCAGGCUGAACGGGCUGUUCAACCCUCAACAAGCCAUGGAAAUGUUGAAGAUCUCCUUAUCGUGCAUGGAGGAGAGGAGCAGCAGGCCGACCAUGGACGACAUUUUUAAAGCUCUUAUAGCAUGCGAUGACGAGGACGAACACCCUGCGUACUUGUCGUGACUUAGAUUUCUUGCUGUAUUAAUUCGUCAAAAGGUUUACCAAAAAUGUAGUGAGACGUUGAAUAUGGUCUUCUAGACGUGAAAAGUAUAAGAUUGCGGUUAGUUGUGCAUGCGAUUACAAUCGAUAUGUCGUUUGGUUUGCACCUGCCUAUGGCACCACUUGUUUUCUUUUUUUACUUUUCUCCGAGCAGAGACCAAUGGAGUAAGGCCUCCUUUGCUUUACAGGAAUUUUUAUAGAAAUCUAUCUAUCAAUGUUCCUAUAAUUACGACUACAAUACUUUAUUAAAAGAAAAAUAUGGUUAAAAAUAAAGAAAUAUGCUAGAAAAUCUCAUAAAAAUCAUAAAUAUCUAACUGUUAAUUUGGCAUCUCAUAAAACCACAACCAUUAGAUCUUGGAAUACCCCCUAUUCCAUCAAAGAAAACCUUAUCAUCAUCAAAUAGAAAAAAUAAAUCCCAAGAGCAGCUACAACCACGGACAGCAAAUCCGACCUCUCAAACACCCGCGGGCGCGUCCACGGGCAUUGAACGGUCACGCCUCAAAUUUCCCUCUCCACAUCCGUGGACCUUAUAUCCGGCAUCCUAUAUCCAUACUUCGCAUUUAAUGUGAGCUAUUACUUUACGUGAUCAAACAACGCACAACAAAAUCAACAUGAAAUGGACACCAAAUGCACAUAAACGAACUGUACAUCAUCCAAAAAAUCAUCGGAGUUCAUCACCAGACAAGUUCUUAACUUCAACAACUAAAAAACAAUAAUAAACAUAGGAGGGGCUUCUUCACCACUUCCUCGCCGGGCCU